AGUCAGUCUGAAGCCAGUUCUCAGCGAUGUCGCCGGCGUGGAUGUUGCUGGUCCUCGCGGCCGUUGUAAUUCCUUCAACAAGGGGAAUCUGUCCUCUUCAGCCCACCCCAGCGCUGACGACAGCCCGAAGAACCCCCGGAGAUGGCGGGUACAGAAUCCUCACGAGUGGAAGGGACACGAAGUACAUUCCCAACACGAUCUACGCAAUUAGUCUCAGAGGGUACCAGACACACGAGCGACACCAGGAGUUCACGAGGUUCCGACUGUCUGUUGACUCUCAGCACUCGCCAAAUAGUCAAGUGGCUAAAGUGGGCUCCUUUCAACUUUACCCGAACGGCUUAACAACAUUUGAUGAGGAUUGCGUCAACACGGUUUCCGAAAUAAGCGAUAAUGGGAAGGCGGAGGUUCAAGUUAUGUGGAGGGCUCCAGCCGCUGGGUCCGGGUGUGUUAUGUUCACGGCUAUGGUCAUGGAGUCACUGUCGACGUGGUAUGCGGAGGAUGGGAACCUGGUGAAGACCUUCUGCGAGGCGACUUCGGAGACUUCGGACGAUCGGGACGCUUGCUGCGCUUGUGAUGAGGCUAAAUAUUCGUUGAUAAUGGAGGGCAUCUGGUCAAAUACGACACAUCCCCGGGAUUUCCCCUUCUCCGCUUGGCUAACGCACUUUAGCGACGUAAUCGGUGCAUCCCACGAGCCCAGUUUCUCCUUCUGGGGCAAGGAUCACAUCUCCACGGAUGGCUUCAGACAAUUGGCCGAGUGGGGCUCAGCGUCGGGAUUAGAGGCGGAACUUCGCGCCAAAUCACAACACUUGAGAACACUGGUCAAGGCCGCUGGGCUCUGGUAUCCCAAUGUCAACACUAACACCACAACUAGUUUCAGGGUGGAUCGUAAGCAUCCACUGCUGUCGGUUGCCUCGAUGCUGGGACCAUCGCCUGAUUGGGUAGUUGGGGUCAGUAAACUGAACCUUUGCCAGAAGGAUUGCUCUUGGGUAUCGAGGAUGAAUAUUGACCUGUAUCCUUGGGAUGCGGGGACCGACAAUGGCAUCACCUACAUGUCACCCAAUUCGGAGACCAAACCCAGGGAAAAAAUGAAACCCAUCACUACUUUAUAUCCGGAGGAUCCGCGGUCACCUUUCUAUGAUCCUAGCGGCAAACCCAUGCUUCCGCUGGCUAGGCUCUAUCUCACGAGGGAGAAGGUCAUCGAGAGGGGGUGCGAUGAGGCCACACUUCAGGAACAAGUCUCGCAAUUUGAGGUCGCGGAGAAUACGGAAGACACUAGUCGACCUGAAUGUGCUACGACGGAUUAUACUGCCUGGUCACCCUGUUCAGUCACAUGUGGGAAGGGACUACGAAUGAGAACACGCGCGUACUUAAUGCCCGAGAAGGCGUCAAUGCUGCAAUGCAACAGACAACUGGUCUCCAAGGAAAUGUGCGUCGCUAGCGCACCGGAGUGCCCAGGGGCCGAGGGGGACGUUGACGACGACAACCUGACUGUUGCACUUCAGGAUCCAGCGAUUUGCGAGGUCAGUGGAUGGACCGAGUGGUCGGAGUGUUCGUCGACGUGCGGAGGUGGGAUUAAGAUGAGGACCAGGAGAUUCAAUAAUAAAAUGGGGAGGAAGAAGUGUCCUCAUGUCAGUUUAGUGGAGAAAAUCGAGUGCACGGGACCACCUUGUGCGGCGGGAACUGAAGAAGUUAUUGAUCCAUCGUGCAAGGUCACAGAUUGGUCUGAUUGGUCUCCCUGCAGCGCAAGCUGCGGAAAAGGAGUGAAAAUACGAACUCGUCUCCUAAUGGUUGAGCCAUCGAGACAAGAAGAGUGCUCCUCUCGUGUGGAGCUCCUCCAGCAACGCACCUGCCUCGUCCAAGCAGACUGCACCUUCGACAUGGCGACUGCGAAGGUCGUCUGCAUGGAGGAGGCGGAUGUGGGGCCAUGCAGGGGGUACUUCCAACGAUGGGCUUUCGACCCAAAACGACUCGACUGCAUAUCCUUCGGAUACGGAGGAUGCAGGGGAAAUAGAAACAACUUCCUGACCUUCGAGGAGUGCAGCAAUACUUGUGGCGUAGUUAAGGCUGCGUUGACGGGGCAACAACCCUCCGGGCUGGAGGGUCCAGUCGGUCAACCAGCUCUUCCUUCUGUGGAUUGUAUGGUUUCCGAAUGGUCACCCUGGACUCCCUGCUCUGUUAGUUGUGGCAGUGGUCGGGUCACUAGCUUCAGGAUGAUUAAGAGGGAAUCUGAAAAUGGAGGCAAACCCUGUCCGAGAAAGCUCACCAGACGUGCCAGAUGUCAAUUAGCUCCCUGUGAUUAAACCAACUUAAUUCUACGAAGAAAAAAGAAAAAAAAAACUUACGAACCAAUUACUUAAUUAAUCAAGGUGAUGAAUACACUUGAGCCACGACAUACUUACUCUCCUUAAUCAUUAAUUUUUUUAUUUGGUUGAGUAUGCAAUAAAAAGGCUGAUGGUAUUCCAUUCUUUGGUAUCCUUAUAAUUCCCACUCCUUCCAUUCUUCCCUCUGAUAAAUAUACGCGCCAAAUUCAUGUUGUUCCACAUUGUGCGUUCGCAUCUGAAUUAAAAUUACUAUGUCGUUUUUUAA